GUAAUCGAUUCAAUUGAAUCCUCCGAAGCUGUUGUGGCGUGCAAUCGAUUCAAUUGAAGACAGAUGGCAAGGUGGAGAGGUAGCGGCGAGUUACUUCGAAGAGCAGCUGCGCCGCUGUGGCGGCGAAAUGCGGUCGGCGGUUACCAUACAAUUGAAGCAGUACCAAGGGAGUACACCGGUUGCCGAAUCGCGGUUAAGGAGCGAGCUGCCGGCCGGAUCCCGGCAGUGGUUCUAGCCCCGAGCGAAGGUGGCACACCGGUUUCCAGGAAGCAGCUACUCACCUUUGAUAAACAUCAGAUUGAUUCCCUCCUGCACGACUCGCCAUUCUUCACCUCGACCAUUUUCGAUCUUCAAAUCCGAGCCGGUGUCCGGUCCGCCGUGGUGCUUCAGUCCGGCACCGUUCUCCCGAUCAAGGUUCAUAAGAAUGAGGAGACAGGGCAGAUUCUUAAUCUGGUAAUGGUGUGGGCGGACGGGGCCUCGGCACUGAAAGUGGAUGUCCCAGUUGUCUUCAGUGGAGAGGAUAUUUGUCCUGGUCUUAAGAAAGGUAGGGUUUCCGUAUCACUUUUUUUAGUUAAUUAUGUGGCCAUGCUUUUUCUUUAGAAUUAGUGCGUAGAGUGCUGCAUUUUACUCGUUUGUUCCGCAGAUUUUAGUUGGUUAGCAAGAUUUGUUUAGGUGUUUCUACGAGCAUGGGUGGCACAGUUGAAUGAAGUGUCAAGGUGUUCUGUUUUCGUAGAUAAAAAGUGUAAUAGUUUUAAAUUCAUCACAGCCCAUCAUCUUAGAAUGUGUAGAUAUUUGGUUGGUCUCAUGCACCACGCUUUACUGAGUGUAACGAGGGAGAUGCGG